CAUCACUACUCGACACUAUUCUCGCGCUCUUGCUUCCAAGAGGACGACCCAAUGCGUUUCGGAAGAGGAAAUCUCUUCUCUUCCCUCAGCGCUCAUCCAGACCAGAGCAGAAUUAGUCCUCAUCAUCAGACACACUGCUUUCAUUUGUGGUGUGACACGGGCUUCUUGUCAGCCUCGGAGAACAUUUAUCGAUCCUCGUCAGUUGACGACACUGGAAGCCCCGAUCGAAGGUGUAUAUACCCAGAGGCACAGAAAAGCAUUCCAAGUUUCCGAUCCUCCUCCGUGCACGAUGUUUGGAUCCGGCGUCCCUCCGCCGACCAACAAGAUGGCCUCAAUCCGGGGAUGCUCAUUGCGACUUCGUCCCCUGCAGCAAAUGCAGUGCAUCACAUGAGAUCGCUAACCCAAAGGAGACCAUCCACGAAUUCACAUUGGCAAAUGAUGGACUCAAGCGAAGGCGACGACACGGCCAUCACCGAAGGACGUCCACUGGCCUUUGCUGUGCGUCCGUCAGCCAAAAUUUGAACCUCCAGCAUGCCA